AUGUUGCACAGGCAGUUCAUAGAAAAGGGCUGUUUUUUGUUGCUUGUGGGCGCGGUGGUCGUGAGCGCUCAGUUCCCCAGAGAGUGUGUGACACCCGAAGGACUCAGGAGCGGACAGUGUUGCCCGUCGCCUUUUGGACUCAACAACGACCCGUGUGGCUCCAACGAGGGGCGCGGGCAGUGCGUGUCCAUCACGGUGGACGCGCGCCCGCACGGUCCUCAGUACCCGCACGACGGACGGGAUGACAGGGAACGAUGGCCCAUCCGUUAUUUCAACCGUACUUGUCAAUGUAACGGAAACUUCAGCGGUUAUAACUGCGGACGCUGCAGGCACGGGUGGACUGGGCCCAACUGUGACCAGCGGGUUAAUGUUGUAAGGAGAAACGUGAUGCAGCUCAGCUCGGAGGAGAAGCGUGCGUUCGUGGACGCGCUGGAUCAGGCCAAGCGCACGGUGCACCCUGACCUGGUGAUCGCCACGCGGCGCUAUCCGGAGAUCUUCGGGCCCGACGGGAACACCGUGCAGUUCGAGAACAUCACCAUCUACAAUUACUUCGUGUGGACCCACUACUACUCGGUCAGCAAGACGUUCCUGGGUGCGGGACAGGCCAGUUUCGGGGGAGUGGACUUCUCACAUGAGGGGCCAGGUUUUGUUACUUGGCACAGGUUCCAUCUGUUGCAGCUGGAGCGAGACAUGCAGGACAUGCUGCAGGACCCCUCCUUCGCUCUGCCCUACUGGAACUUUGCCAUCGGCGGGAGCACAUGUGACAUCUGCACAGACGACCUGAUGGGAGCCAGGAGCAGCUUUGACAUGAAUUCCCUAAGCACCAACUCUAUCUUCUCCCAGUGGAGGGUCAUAUGUGAGAGUGUAGAAGACUACGACACACUGGGAACCAUCUGCAACAGCACUGAGACAUCUCCCAUCAGAAGGAACCCAGCAGGAAACGUCAACCGGCCGAUGGUCCAGCGUCUCCCAGAGCCCCAGGAUGUGGCAGACUGUCUGCAGGUCAACGCUUUUGACACACCGCCCUAUUACUCCACCUCCUCUGAAAGCUUCAGAAACACAAUUGAAGGCUACAGCGCCCCCCAGGGGAACUAUGACCCUGUGGUGAGGAGCCUCCACAACCUGGCUCAUCUGUUCCUGAACGGGACAGGAGGACAGACUCACCUCUCACCCAAUGACCCCAUCUUUGUCCUGCUCCACACCUACACCGAUGCUAUAUUUGAUGAAUGGUUGAGGAGACACAGUCCAGAUUCAACUCUGUAUCCUGAAGAAAAUGCCCCCAUUGGUCACAACAGGGGCUACAACAUGGUGCCUUUCUGGCCUCCGGUGACGAACGCUGAGAUGUUUCUGACUGCUCCUGAAAAUCUUGGUUACUCUUAUGAAGCUGAAUGGCCAGGUCAACCUUUCACUAUGACUGAAAUCAUCACCAUGGGAAUUGUUGCUGCACUCAUACUCGUCGCUGUGGUUUUCGCCGCCACCACUUGUGCUGUGCGUGCCAGGUCUUACAAGAUGGAAGGCCACCAGCCUCUGCUUGGGGAUCAGUACCAGCGCUACGACGACGACAAAAGCCAAUCUGUAGUUUAAGAUUGGUGUUUGAACACGAGCCUCUCUCUUCGCUUUAUUUUUUACAGUGACACAGCUAAGCAGCUUAUUAAAGCCUUUAUCUGUUCUAACUGGAGAGUGUAGAUUCUUGAAUGAUACAGCGUGAUAGAAAGUGAUGUUCUGGAAGCAUUUUUUCCACUAUAACAAAGCUGGUGUAGUUGAUUUAUACAUAGUACAGACUCAUUGAUUUUUAUUUUUUUUUGGCUUGGGAAGGUGAAGAUAUAUCAAGUACUUUUUAAGGUUAUAGUUUUGCAAACAUUGCAAUGAUCUAAUCUUUAAAAUUUUCAAAUUUCAUGGAAAUAAAGAGAACAUGGACAACUGAAGUGUUGGUGUGAUAGUGAUGCCACCAGGUGGUGCUGAAUUCUGAUCUGAAUUCUGAUCAGAGCUUUCAAAAUGACAUGUCAGUAUCAGCAAUGAAGCCUCCUGUAGUUUAAUGUUCCAUGAGCUGUUCAGGUGAACACCUUCACACAUAAUCUAGCACCUA